CCUCACCUGUCAGCCGCCCUGGCUGCUACAGUCACUUCUGGCCCUCGCAUCCCGGGCGAUCGCUGCUGUGGGGACCCGGGCGGCUGCGGCCACCAUGAUACAUUUCAUCUUGCUCUUCAGUCGACAAGGGAAGCUGCGGCUGCAGAAAUGGUACACCACGCUCCCUGACAAGGAGAGGAAGAAGAUCACCCGGGACAUCAUCCAGACCGUCCUCUCUCGUGGCCACAGGACCAGCAGCUUCAUUGACUGGAAGGAGCUGAAACUUGUUUAUAAAAGGUAUGCUAGUUUAUAUUUUUGCUGUGCAAUAGAAAAUCAAGACAAUGAGCUCUUGACACUAGAGAUUGUUCAUCGUUAUGUGGAGUUGCUGGAUAAAUACUUUGGAAAUGUCUGUGAGCUGGAUAUUAUCUUUAAUUUUGAAAAGGCAUAUUUUAUCCUUGAUGAGUUUAUAAUAGGUGGAGAAAUUCAGGAAACAUCCAAGAAAACAGCAGUCAAGGCCAUUGAAGACUCUGAUAUGUUACAAGAGGUCAAGAGUCAAGAGGAUUUCAAGAAUUAUAAAGUACCUUUUUAAAAUUGGUGCUAAAGCCAUUCUUCCUGCUAUUUGGAAAUAAGAGACUGGUUAAGUUAAUAAGACAUUAGGCAUGAUUUCCCAGCAGCUGUCUUGGCAGUACUGUGAGCUGAUUACUUACCUCUGCCCAUGGAGGGACUCCAUCCUCAGACAAUGGAAGAAUACAUGAACAAGCCCACGUUUUAAGUGUACAGUCUACUUGAAGAUUCUGAACGCUCCAUGCUGUGAACCUACAAACAAGCAACUCCUUGCAUCCAGUCUCCUCACAGCCUCUGGCACCACGCCAAAAAACAACUUAAAGGGAUUCUGUGUUACCUAGCAAAACUUCAAGUUGAUAGCAUAUGUCCUUAUGGUUGCUACAUGUCUGUAUUAUACUGUGUAUCAAUACUCACUGGGGCUCUAGGUGUUUCACAUAAUUGCUGCAGAUUGAAUAGCUGCUUGCUGUGUUUUAAGCCCUCGUGGUAUUUUUAAGGUAAUUUCAAAUAUUGGUUGCAAUAUGAUCAUUUUUGUUGCCAUUUGAUCUUCUACCUGUAGACUGACAACUACUUUGUGAUAACACAAUUUUGAAUGUAAAUUAUAUUUUAUAUAAUGAAUGCUUUUCCUAAAUGUUUAAAAGUGUAUAUAAGUUUAUGUUACUAGCUCAGAUUUCAUACAUGAUGCUUAGAUAUUUUUAACAUGUUCAAUGCUACUAUAAUUUCAGGUCAGAUACAAUGUAUAUGACUUUAAUGUCUUGAAUUCAACUUAUCUUUUUUUUUUUUUUUUAGAAUUGGGAUAAAACUUCAUAAGAGAUUUUGAUGUCUUAGAAGGUGCUAGAUCAAGGUUUUUACUUUCAAUUGAAUAUAAGGGACAUUUCAGUAAGGUUGUGGUUUCUACAAACUAUAUAUUUAUUAAGGUUUUCAGAGAUCUGGAGAUGAAAUGUUACAGCAUCUCCUGUUUUUACCAUAAUACUGAGAGGAAGAGCUAUGGCAAUAUUUAUAUAGCAAUAAUUGUGAUCUCUACUACUAUUUUGUAUCUCAUGUUCCAAUUACUCCUUGUGAUAUUUUAGAUAGUUUAUUUUCAGAUAUCUCAUUCCUUGUGAAACUUUAAAAAAUACUUUUAAUGUAAGGUGAAUCUUCAAAGCUUCCGUAGGUCAUGUGUAUUUUCAUUGUACUCUUCAUGGGAGGUGGCUAUUUCUAUUUUUUUUUUUCCUCCUCUUCCCCAGAAAAAUAUUUUUGCUGACCAUAAUUACUGUGACCAUGCCAUCUUCAUACUUCCAAAACAGAAGUUCUGCAUAGCUGGGUACUGAGUCUGCUCAGACAUGAAGUAGGAAGCUGAUUGUAUUGUAGCAUUUGCUUGAGGUGUCUCUGGCUGCAGUUUUGUAUAUGUGUUCUCCAUGUAAAUGUUGAGGUUUGGUGGCCUUUGUACCUGAGUGCUAGGACUCUUGUGGUUAAGAGAAUGUGGUUGUCAUCUUUGGUUCAUCUCAUCAGACAUACUUAAGGGAAGAUGGCAAGACUAGAGCAGAAGAACAGACAGACAGAUGGACCCAUUCCUUAUUAUAACCAUUUAUUUAAAAACAAUAAUUCAGAUUGCAUAUGAGCUAAUAACUGGGCUUUUAAUAGCUGACUUAUCUUCAAAUUAAUAUAAUUUUGGUGGUUUGUUCUUUCUGAACAUCUUUGUUUCAGCAGUCUUCAGUGUUGUGCAUUAACUUUUUAAAAAAGUUUGGUAAAGAUCUUUGUUUUUCAAACAUCUUUGUAAAACUGAACUUUCUGUAACUUCAGAGGUUUUCUAGUUCCUUCCCAUUGUCUUUGGAGGAAAGUAUCUUUUGAGCUUCGUUAAAUGUACUGCUUAUAUUCUGAAUAAUUCCAUAUUUGAUCUUGUCUAGGUUGCACAAGAAUUCUUUCUGUCAGUACUCAUAGAAAGUGAUCAUACUUAUUUGAAUAAAUUCAGAGGAUUUGGGGAAGAGCUUACAUGAGUUUUUGUGAAAAACCAUUAUGUAUGUUUUCUUUAUUAUCAUAAGAUUCUAAGAAAAAAUACUAAGUGAAAAAAAAAAAACCAAUAGUGAAUUUGUAUAAAGCAUCCAAAUAAAAGGUUAAACAUA